AUGGACUUUUUAGUAUUUCUAUGGAUCAUUAUUACAUACGGUUUAGCAGCGGCUAUAACCUUACUUAUCACGAUAAGCAUCAUAAUUUACCUGGUAACAAACCCGUACCCUGAAAUGGAACGAUUUGAAGAAGAGAAAAUGUAUAAUGAUCCUAAAAGUAACAGCAGAAUGAGGUUUCCCAACAUUGAGGAGCCUCACAGUGUACACCUGAGUGUGAUAGUGCCAGCUUACAAUGAACAAGACCGAUUACCACCAAUGCUCGAUGAGGCUAUAGACUUUUUGGAAUGCAGAGUGAAGGAGCACCCUUCAUACAAAUAUGAAAUAAUAGUAGUCAGCGAUGGUAGCAGAGACAAGACUGUCCAAGUAGCUCAGAAAUAUGCUGAAAAACAUGCAGUGAGAAAAUUAGGUGCCUGCAACUUAUUAAAAACAGAGGGAAGGGAGGUGCUGUUCGAUUGGGUAUAGAAAGCUGCCGAGGAGCCAGUAUCUUGUUUGCUGAUGCAGACGGAGCAUCUAAGUUUGAAGACCUAACAAAAUUAGAAGCAGCGCUGAAGGAGCUAAGUUAUGACCCAGUACUCCAACCUAAGGAUGUUAGCAACAGUAUAGCCGUUGUGAUUGGCUCUAGAGCACAUCUCGAGAAGGAGUCCUUGGCUACUCGCAGUGUUUUUAGGAAUAUUCUGAUGUAUGGGUUCCACUUCCUCGUAUGGCUGUUCACUGUCAAAGGUGUGAGAGACACGCAGUGCGGGUUCAAACUGUUCACUAGGAAAGCAGCAAACAUCUGUUUCAAAAGUUUACAUGUAAACAGAUGGGCAUUUGACGUAGAAUUACUGUACAUAGCACAAACACUAAACAUUCCAAUUGCUGAGAUUCCAGUCAGAUGGACGGAAAUAGAAGGAUCCAAAGUGACUCCAGUGUUAUCCUGGAUCCAAAUGGGCUGUGACCUUGGCCUCAUCUGGCUCAAAUACACCAUUGGAGCUUGGAAAAUAAAAAGUCUGAAGAAAGAAUAG